CUUCUGAGCAGCUCUUGGAUGCAGCGAGCAGCCGUCUUGUGCAACCAUCUUGCUCUCAACACACCGUUCCGUCUCGAAUCGCCCGAAUCUGCUGCUGCUGCUGCCGUCACAAUGAGUGCUGCUGGUCCGCUGACUACCCACAUCCUUGACACGACGCUCGGGCGACCCGCCGCCAACGUGCCGCUCCGUCUCGAGCGCGCAUCCGCUGUCCCGUCCUCGCCUUCGCUAGCCAGCGUGGGUAGUGAGACGUGGGAAGUUCUUGCCACCGGAGUUACAAACCAAGAUGGACGCUGCCCCGGAUUGCUGUCGGGACGCAUCACGCCUGGUCGCUACCGAAUGACCUUUGACACCAACUCGUACUUUGCAAGCACCAACACUGAAGGUUUCUAUCCCUAUGUCCAGAUUGUGUUCUCUAUCUCCGAUACGACCUCUCACUACCACAUCCCUCUGCUGCUGAGCCCUUACGGCUACUCGACCUACCGGGGAAGCUAACCGAAAGCUUCGCUUCGAUUGUUCUUUGGAUGCUUGAACUCUUCGUUGAUUGGCGCUUCAAAGGUCGUGUGGCCAACAAAUACACCGCCUUCCUCAGA